AUGUUCUGCCCGCAAUCACUCUGCAACUGCCCGCUGCUGAGAAACCCUCACCCCUCCGCACCCUCGCACUCUCAGUCAGUUCUCCGUUUGCCGUCUCCUGUCUUCCCUGCAACUCCAAACACUUCCUCCUGGUUCCGCUUCAGUUUUCUGCAGUUCUGCUACAGAGAUAGAUUGAGCCAGAGAGUAGCGGCAGCAAUCCCUUCGAUCCCAAACGAAAUGCGAGGAAGCCGCAGCAAUAGGAGUGGCGAACAAACAGGCAUGUCCAAGGACUACCAUGAAGCCCGUAAGCGCCUGGAUAAGCUUCUCAGUGAGAAAGGAGAGCUCAAGGCGGCUGCAGCAGCCAAAAUGGAACAGAUGAUAGCUGAGCUCUCGAUCGCUCCUCCUGUAACUAAGCCGUUUUAUGAGGCCAAGAAGAUCAAAGAAGGGUAUACUAGCUUCAAGCAAGAGAAAUAUGAGAAGAAUCGUGAGCACUUGGACAAAGUUGCCAAACAACAGAGUCCCAAGGCAGGUGGUUCUCAUGCCCAUAGACACCAGUCUGGCCCCUCUUCUACUGCAUCACCUGAGUUUGUGGUUGCACGAUGUGAGCCUCCGGACCAUUUCAGACGAAUAUAUGAUGUUGAUGACAGGACCUUUGUCACCCCUAGCAAAGGUAAGAAGGGGAGAGAACGCUCGUGCGUGCUUCUGGAGGAGGGUUCAGGUGGACCUAUGGUUCCCACUAUUAUCCCUAGUUUUCGCGACCAUGUAGCUUUUCGACUAUGGACUCAGCCCGAGCAGGAUCGAGGAAUGAUCCGAUUCUAUGCUCGGGAUUGGCUAAUGGGUAAGCUGAGAAAUUAUCGAUUUGCAAGACAAGGUUCAGAGGGGUUGGUUCGGAAGACAGGGUUGUUUCACUUGCCCCGGUGCAUGCUGACCCAUGCUCAUUUGGAUCUUCCUCUACUUGCAGCGUUUGUUGAGAGGUGGCAACCAGACACCAAUACUUUCCACAUGCCAUUUGGAGAGAUGACUAUAUUGCUCCAUGAUGUUUUCUACAUUCUCCGGAUUCCAGUAGACGGAGAGAUGCUCAGUGGUGGUGGUGGUGGACACCCUGAAAGUCUUAAGGCUGACAUGUGUGAUCUUCUUAAAGUCACACCUCACGAGUUGGUGGCGCCUGUUGUUGAUGUUGCUAGUGGAAAGAUGGUACCUUUGUACAAGAGUGGUGCGUUGUUCGGAGAGGCAGCUUUGACUCGUGUUCAGGGGCGUGGUGAUAUGGAGGCUGAGGUGCAGUGUUAUCUAUUGUUGUUGUUGGGAUCCACACUCUUUGCGGACAGAAAUGGUGGUUGUGUUCCUGCCAUGGUCAACUUGUUCUUGAAGGAUUAUGAUCGGGUGGGAAGGUACGCUUGGGGGGCUGGUACACUUGCCAAUCUGUACAGGCAACUUGGGAUGGCUUCUCGAGCUGAUGCCAGUGAACUUUGUGGUUGUCUGACACUCCUGCAGGCUUGGAUAUACCAGUACUUUCCGACAUUACGGGGGCCUAGAUGUGAGCCUCGUACACUGAAAGAGGGGGAGCCUUAUGCUUUGAAGUGGCAUGGUGUACAUUUCGUAGGGGAGAGGGCAGCUGGUGAGCGGUUGAGAUACUAUCGUCGAGUGUUAGACACCUUGACAAAAAACGAGGUGAUGUGGCUUCCCUAUGGUCACAACCCUGGCAAGGCGGUGCCACGAUCUUUAUACCAUGGUGUGAUCCGGUUUGGUGAUGUGGCCGAGUUUUACGAUCCUACACGAUGUCUCAGACAGUUCGGGUACAGACAGGUUAUCCCAGGUCCUCCUGUUGCACCAACUUACGCCUUCCGACCUGCAUCUGGCACGGGAUAUAACGUUACUUUCCAUCCUAUCAUGGAUCAAUUUUGGAGCUACUUAAUGUGCCACAUGCUGCACUUGGAUGCCAUCUCCACACCUGUUCAGCCUUUGCUCGAUGUUGCCGAGGAGUACAUGGGAUGGUAUACUGCUCAUUCCCACCCAUACAUUGUGAAUCCCAUCAUUCCAGGACAUCAGCAGCAGCCUGCGGCGCGCACUGAUUUGUUGGCGCGCCAGAUUCUGCACAGGCUUGCUCCCUUGUUUUCGGCGAGAGAUGUCGACACAUUCAAGGCGAACAUACAUGAGUUCUGGGUCAUACUUGAAGGAGCUAGAGGCUUGUGGAACGAGUAUCAGCGACUGCAACCACGACGACGACUACCUUCUCAAUCUCAGUAGCUGCAUGUAGUUUGGUUGUUUUUGUUGCAAGUCGUUUCAUGUUUUGUAUCCACACAACGGUUAGUAAUUAGCUCACUUCUCCUCCCCACUAACGACAUGUGAACAACCUGUUUUUUUUAUAAUCUCUCAAUUUCUCUCCAAUUAUCCAAGUUUCUUACAGAAA